AGAUCAGCUGCAGCGUUAUGCGCCACGCCUCCCCGGCUCCGGCACCUGGCUCUCCAACAGUCCGUCAGUUGCGCUGUUGCAGAGCGGAUUUCCAGACAGGACCGGCGGAAGAGAAAAAGGCAGCAGACGCGAAUGGGGGAGAGGAGGAGGAGAAUGUGACAACUGCUGGAUGCGGACAGAGUGUGUGUGCGGCUGGCUACACUGCCUUUGGGGAGGCCUCGGCUCUUGCACCUGUCCCUCUCCGUCUCCCGUUUGGGCGAGAGCGAGCGACGCUCCUUUUUAUUUAUCAGGCAGGGCGCACAGCGGCGGAGGCGCACACACACACAUACACACACACACAUUCACACACACAUCCACGAUACUGUACGCGCACACACAUACACAGGGCAGGCAGGCAACAUGACUUCAUCCUACAAUCUGGAUUUUCUGCCCGAUAUGAUGGUGGAGAGCCGCCUGCUUGUUCCCGGAGACAGAAUUAACGGCACGGCCGGGAAGAUGAACGGGGCGCUGGAGCAUUCGGACCAGCCAGACCCGGACGCCAUCAAGAUGUUUGUGGGCCAGAUCCCGCGCUCCUGGUCAGAGAAGGAGCUGAAGGAGCUGUUUGAGCCGUACGGAGCCGUCUACCAGAUCAACAUACUCCGAGACCGCAGCCAGAACCCUCCACAGAGCAAAGGCUGCUGUUUUGUCACGUUUUACACAAGGAAAGCUGCCCUUGAAGCCCAGAAUGCACUGCAUAACAUAAAGACCUUAACAGGGAUGCACCACCCUAUUCAGAUGAAACCUGCAGACAGUGAGAAAUCUAACGCGGUGGAAGACAGGAAGUUGUUCAUCGGCAUGGUGUCAAAGAAGUGCAACGAGAAUGACAUCCGGGUCAUGUUCUCUGCGUUCGGACAGAUUGAGGAGUGCCGGAUCCUCAGAGGACCUGACGGACUGAGCAGAGGUGUGUGUCGCUCCGACUCACUUCCAUCCACACGAUGUGCGUUUGUCACGUUUUCCACCAGAGCUAUGGCACAGAAUGCAAUCAAAGCCAUGCACCAGUCUCAGACUAUGGAGGGCUGCUCGUCUCCCAUCGUGGUGAAGUUCGCCGACACGCAGAAGGACAAGGAGCAGCGGCGUCUGCAGCAGCAGCUGGCGCAGCAGAUGCAGCAGCUCAACAGUGCGACCACCUGGGGGAGCCUGACGGGCCUGGGUGGCCUCACCCCGCAGUAUCUGGCUGUAAGGAGAGCCGCCGCGUCGCCCACCUCCACCAUCACCACCUCCUCCACCACCCCUUACUACAGCCCCAUGGCCGACGCCGCCGCAUUGCUUCAGCAGGCAACCUCCUCCGGUAACCUCGGAGCCUUCAGCGGGAUCCAGCAGAUGGCCGGUAUGAGUGCUCUGCAGUUGCAGAACCUGGCCACUUUAGCAGCGGCAGCGGCGGCGGCCCAAAACUCGGCCAGUCCCUCCACCGCAAACCCCCUGUCCACCAACGCCGCCUCCCUGGGAGCGUUGGCCAGCCCAGCGGCGGGCACCACAGCCAGCUCCAACGCCGGCGCCAUGAACUCUCUGACCUCUCUGGGCACCCUGCAGGGCCUGGCAGGCGCAACUGUGGGCCUGAACAACAUUAAUGCACUAGCAGGUAGCGUCAACAUUGCUCAAAUGCUCUCAGGUAUGGCGGCUCUAAACGGAGGCCUGGGCGGCGCAGGGCUUACCAACGGGACGGCGGGCACCAUGGACGCGCUGACGCAGGCUUACUCAGGGAUCCAGCAGUACGCCGCCGCAGCGCUGCCCACCCUCUACAGCCAGUCCCUGCUGCAGCAGCAAGGGGCCGCCGGCAGCCAGAAGGAGGGUCCCGAAGGUGCCAACCUGUUCAUCUACCACCUGCCCCAGGAGUUUGGAGACCAGGACAUACUGCAGAUGUUCAUGCCUUUCGGAAACGUGGUCUCUGCCAAAGUCUUCAUCGACAAACAGACAAACCUUAGCAAGUGCUUCGGCUUCGUCAGCUACGACAAUCCAGUGUCGGCACAGGCAGCCAUCCAGGCCAUGAACGGCUUCCAGAUCGGCAUGAAGCGGCUGAAGGUGCAGCUGAAGCGCUCCAAGAACGACAGCAAACCGUACUGAUCUUAGCACUAGGGUCUAUCUGCUCCCCAUGUUAGCACUGCUAGGAACAACCCAUCUCCAUGCCUGUUAGCUCAUCGUUUGCCUAGCAUGUCUCCGUGGCGUCCAAACAAACAAAAAAAACUUUAUAAACAAAAACAAAACAAAAAAUCCCCACCAAAAAAAAAAAAGUGUCAUCGUCCUCCUCCUCCCCCGUCAUUGUUUUUUCUGAUGUCUUUCCGAGCUCACCUGAUCAUAACCUGGUUCUCCUCCUCUUCCUCCUCCUCUUCCUCCUCCUUCGCCGCCUACUGAACUUUUGAACUUUUAGCUUUUUUGGACUUUUAUGAUUUUUCUUUCUUUUUGUGUUUUUUUUUUUCUUAUUUUUUUGUUUUUUGUUUUUUUUGUUUUGCAUGUGACCUCAUUUGGAUCUGUUUUCCGGGAGGGUUUCAGGGAGGGAGGGAGGCGACAAAGGAUGGGGUGGGUAGAGAAAAAUUCAAAUCAAUGUGAAAAAGAUAUAAAAGCUGCAUUCAUAUGAAAAACAAACACAAAAAAAAGAGACUGAGAUUUUUAUGGAAAUACAAAUGUUCUUUUUUGGAGAAAAAAAAACAGACAAACCUGUGGCAAAGUGAUUUCCAUUCAGUAUGUUUUCCUGCAUUUUUUUUUCCUUCUUCUUCUUUUUUCUUCUUUAUGUUUUUUCUUUUCUUCUUCAUUUAAAGUAAACUUGAAAGUUCACUACAGGAAUUGGCACGUCAUCUUGCUUCUGGCGCCGGCGAACAAAAAAACCACACGCACACAUACACACACACACACACACGCACACACGCACACACACACACACACAAGAGCGCGGGCCAGAAGCAGUCCGCGCCAGUUUCUCUGAAAAAUAAGACUACUUCCAAACAGUUUUGAAUAAAAACUGUCUGAUCAAUAUUAGACUCUCUCAGAGCUCUCCAAUGGUUUUUACAUUUUUCAGGCAGUGUAAAGUUUUUUGAUAAGGCCAUUUUAAGUGGCUCUGUUUCUCAUUCAAAGUCUAUAUAUAGAACCACUUUUUUCUAGAGUAGUUUAAAGGUAAAAAUAAAAAAAGACAUUUGCCCUGUUUGGGUGGGAGAAAUGCUACCUACUUGUGUCACCUUUUGCUGAACUGACUCACAGAUAGACAAUCCGUGGUUUAAAUGCACAUGAUGAAAUGACCUAUAUUUUCUACUGUUUAAAUGUAUAGAGGAAAAAAAAAUACUAAGAUACCUGUAACCUGCGUUAACGUCGGUGCUUCUCGUGAGUUUAGUUGUGGUUUCAUCACAAGUCUAACGGUCUUAAAUGUCUCAUGUUUUUCAAGAGAAGACUAAAAAAUCAGUUUACUUGAACAAUAGACAAAGCCUUUCAUAUUACUAUAAUAGUUACUUUGUUGUUUCUUUUCUUUUUAUUUCCUCUUUUUUUAUUUUUAAGGAGUCCCUAUUUGCUAAAUUUCUUGUUGGUUAAUUAGCUAUAUAAAAUUCCUAAAAAUAUAUAUAAAUAUAAAUAUAUCUAUAUAUAUAUAAUGUCAGCUUGUGAAGCAUCAAUGUCAUUAUUAUUUUAUUUCUCUCGUGGGAAACAAUAUUUAGAUGUGUUUUGUUGUUCAGCAAAAUGUCUUAUAAAGAAAAAAAGACAAGAUCAGUGGAGUUUAGUGCCAAAUUCUGAAGGUACUUCCUGCCUAGCGCGUCAGUGUAUUUCUUGUGAAAUUAUUUGAUAACAUGGGUAUUUUAUUAUAAGUGUUUUGUAUGGAUCCCUCAUAUUUAAAAUAUAGAUUUAAAAAAGAGUUUGUUAACUUGCUAUUCUGUGGUCUUGUUGCCUGAAAAUGUCAUGUUUGCUUUUUUUCUUUGUAAAGAUGUAAAAAAACAAAACAAACAAACAAAAAAAAAAAAGUGCCCAUGUGUCAUAUAUAUAUAUCUAUAUACACGCACACACGGACACGCACACACUCACACACGCACACACACAUUCUCGUGCAGACCUCACAGUUUACUUUCUUGUUGUGCAUGAGAGCCCCUGAGUGUGAAAGCCUCUACAGCAACCGCUACCGCCCGCCAGCGUGCACACACACACUUUAAAAAAAACACACACACACCAGAAUCACGCACUGAUAUUUUUAGCCAUUGUACAGCCGUUUUUAUUCAUCAAAGCCUUACCACAAAUCUUUGCACUCCUGUUCUCUCUAUUAGUAUCUGGCGCGCACAGACAUCAGGCUUCGGCAUGUAUUGUUUUGAUUGUCUCCCUCGCACGCUGUCCCGCUCCUCAGCCGAGGAAAAAAAUUGAGGUGAUAGUCAUACGCGAAGCCUUAUUUCUCCAAAAUCCUCUUAUCCCUUUUGUUCAAAAACAUCUCUGAGUUGUAGCCGGGCGCCGUUUGUCUCAGACGGCGGGGAUCAUUACUUUUGUGUAUCACCUCAGACGCUCGCUUUCAUGAUGUAAGCACAGGGCAAGACUCGCUCACUCACAAACGAGCCUCGAUCUCUUGAGGGAAAAAAAAAAAAAGCACACGCCGCCGUCAGAUAGUCAAAGGAGAGAGGCGGGACGGUCCGGAGCAAGUUUUUUUACUCGUUUGAUUUCUCGACUUAUCCUUUGACGUCUCUUUUGUAAGACUUCUCCAUACGUGAGUCUUGUGGUGUAAUGGGCCAAAAUCAUGUUUAGAUGCCAAAGUGUGUUAUUGACAUUCUCAUAGUCGAGCCGUUUACAUGGCACAGUGUUGUCAGUCUCUUCAACUGCCCCCGACACCCCCUCCCUGAAAGCCUAGUUUACGGUCUGCAAAAAAAAAAGGCAGCAUUAUUUUCUACAGAAGCUCACCAGUCGCCUUAACCAGGGAGCGUCGUACCAGUAUUAUAAGAGUAGAAGAUGUUGUCAGUCAGUCAGUCAGUCAGUGAUGUGUGCCAAGUCCAGGUUCACUUUUGUGUACAGUUAACCUCCCACUUGUCAGAGUCUGGGUUUUGCUCUUCCGCCAUUUCGUCCGGUCGGACGGAGCAGAGAGGCUGAAAUGGCCGUUUGUCCUCGCAGCGGUGGAGGAGGAGAGGAAACGAGGCGCCUGUUUGAAGGAUGCCGCUCUCCGUCUGGUUGUUGUCUCCCAGGCUAACCGGGGUUAUUAGAAACAGGGCUGUGUGCAGAGACGUCUUAUUGGAAUAGCGACAGGGGAAAUAAAGCGCUUGUUGGUUGGAAAGGAAAGGGUCACGUCCGCAGGUCCACACAGGCAAAACAACAGCCACAGCCAAGAUGAAGGCAAUACAGCUUUCAUUAUCCUCUCAAAGACCAAACCCAAUACCAAACUUUAUGUGAUCUCAUGGAGGGAGGCGAGCAGACUUUAUUUCCUAAAUGCAGUACACACAUGAGCAGUGCCACAAACCAGCCCAGUCGCCACAAGAACAUGUUGGAGUUGUACAUCUCUGAGAACCAUGGAUAUGUUACAUUUACUUAGUUGGCGUUGUUAAAGUGAAGUAAUGUAUGAGUUGACGUUGUCAUCAUGACUUGGAGGGGAUGGCGCAUGGUGUGACACCCAGGCAAGACACCUGCAAAGCUGCAGACCACUGUUAGAGACCAGUGAGUGAGUCAUUGCUGCAUUUUCAGAUGUGGGUGCUGUUCAGUGACCAGUCGCUGUGUUUCCCCCGGGGUUAGUGCCAUGAAGAGUGGAUGUUUUUUAAUGAGACAUGGUUAUGUUUUCAGCCAGGGAAGUACAAGAAUAAGCUGUUGUUUUUGUCAAGACAUCACUGCAUUUCCAGCAGGGAUAUGCCACCGAAAAGCGGUUGGGUUUUAACAAGACACAGCUGCGUUUCCAGCUGGAAUAGUGCGACAACAAGCAGUUGUUUUCACUGAGACAUCACUGCCUUUCCAGUUGGGAUUGUGCAAUGUUAAGCAGUUGUUUUUGAUUGAGACUUCACUGCAUUUCCAGUGCAGGUAUUGCAACAAAAAGCGGUUGUUUUUUAACAAGACAUAGCUGAGCUUCCAGCUGGAAUAGUGUGAAAACAAAUGGUUGUUUUUUAUGGAGACAUCACUGCAUUUCCAGCCAGGAAAGUGCGACGAAGAUUGUUUUUAAUCAGGAUGUCACUGCCUUUCAGGUGAGGAUAGUGCAACAAAAAGCAGUUGUUUUUUAAAAAGACAUAGCUGCCUUUAAACAACAAGCAGUUGUUUUUUUAUUGAGACGUCAGUGCGUUUCCAGCCAGGAUAGUACAACGUUAAGCAGUUUUUGUUUUUGUUAGACAUCACUGCAUUUGCAGGCUGGAUAGUGCAAAGAAAAGUGGUUAGCUGUUAUUGAGACAUCGCUGCAUUUCCAGCCAGGCUAGUGCAACGAAAAGUGGUUAUAUUUAAUCAAGACAUCACUGUGUUGCCAGCCGCUAUAUUACGAUGAAAAACGGUUGUUUUUUAACAAGACAUGGCUGCAUUUCCAGCUGGGUUAGUGCGACGAAAAGUGGUUGUUUUACAUCAAGAAAUUGCCAAGUUUCCAGCAAAGAUAGUGUAAUGAAAAGCAGGUGUUUUUUCCGAAGACAUGGCUGCAUUUCCAGCCAGGUGUGGAUUUUAAGCCAAAACCUGAUCUUUUCGGAAACAUAACCAAGUGGUUUUUGUGCCUAAAUCCAACCACGUUAACCACAGCAUUACUGGAAUGUAAAGACACGUAAAGUUUAAAAGUAUCUGCUACAUAAAUAUGUACAAAUGUAACACAUCCAUGGUUUGCAAAAAAACGUACAAAGCCAACAUUGAUUCUGGCGAUUGGGUUGCACAAACAGCCAUAACUACCUGUAUGAAAGCUGGGCAGGAGGUCCCAGUCCAAUCAGUGUUAACGGACCACUUUUCUGACCAGCACGUGUGCAGGUUUCACGUCGCAACCGCUGCAAAACCUUUGUAUCCGAGAAUUGCACAUUUCACAUCGUCACCUCACUCUCGCACAAUUCGCGUAACUUUUUCUUCGUUAAGUGUGGAGGCUACAUAAUCUGUGCUGUUCUAGUCGAGUCACGGCCCACUACUUUACACGGCUGUGUGUGUGUGUCCCAAAAACUAUGUUGCCAAAUCUCACCGAGUUGCACACAGCCUGACGUCGCACGGUCCAGCGUGAAGCAUCUUGUCUCUGUUUCAAUGUCGAAGCACAAGAGGGUCGUAGGGGCAGAGUUCCUGUCGAGCGGCUCACCUCAGGGGCUGUCAUCGCCGAUGCUCGUUGUAAUCUUUCUAUCUCGUCACUGUUCACUUCUCUGUUCUCCUUCUUUCUUAAUUAUCUUAAGUGCUAUUUAUCAAACAAUGAAAUCUGAAAGGAAAAAAAAAAUUGAACUUGUCGUUUCUUUGCAUUAUGGCUUAUGUCAAGUUUUUUGAGGAAAAAUGUUUUGUGUGUUCUCUCUUUCCGUGCCGUAAAAAAAAAAAAGCUUGUUGUCUGUAGAAAUUAUCCAAAUUUAUUUUUUAAUUUUGUUGUUGUUCUUUUGUUUUCUUUUUAAUUCUCAAAGAGGUUUUCAGUAGUUUCAGAGUUAUUGUCUUGAGAGAAGCCAAAGUCAAUGCAUUUCAGUGGAUCCUGUAAGCGUGAUGUAUGUUUGUUUGACAACACUUCGAAAUCUGUCACUGGAUGGGAUUUAAAAAGUACAAAAAAUGCAGGCUUUCCUAUUUCUACAACUGAUUGUACUUAUGCAUUUUGUACCAGUGGAAUUUUUUAUACUGGAGAUUAAAGGAUACAACAAAAAAAUCUUAGAAAAAAAGCUGUCUGGCCUGGUGGUGUGGCCUGACCCUGACUGGUCCCCGAGUAUGAUUUCUAGCUGGCAUCAAGGAAGUUGGCUUUUGAUAUAAGAUUUUCUAGGAGAUCUUUGGCUUUAUUUCUUUCACUUCUUUUUCCUCACUUGAGUGUUUCUUUCUGCCUUCCUUUCGUUCUUUCUUUGAUUUUUUCCGAAAACAGAGGGUAGGUGAGUGUCAGAUCUUUCAUUUUUUGCUUUUUAAAUAGUUCUAGCAAGUUUGUCUAUACAACAGCGGUAAGUUUCAUUUGACUUCUGUAUUGUGCCGUCUACACGAUAAGACAAUUAUAGAAAAAGAAGGAAUAGAAAUAUUUAGUCACCUUCAGUGGAUUAAUGUAUUAGUUUAAUAAAGAGAUCAACUAAUUAGAAACUUUUUUGCUUUUAGCUGUUUAGAUUUUUCCGGUUUCUCUGUCCUUCUCUGUGAACUAACUGUGUAGCUGAAGCAGUCAGAAUUAUUUUUGUAAACGUAUGUUCUUGUGUGAUGCAGUUUUUUGCUUCUGUCUCCUAUAUUAAACCAUUUUUCCUAAUA